AUGGGGCCAUCUUUGUGGCCAGGGGUGGAACAUGCUCCUGUACAAGAACUGCCGCUUCUCCAGGCGGCCCGCUUACGGCGAUUUGGCGUCAACUACCUCAAAGACGCCGUCUGCCCUGGCUUGGGCCUCCUCGCUCAUCUGGACGGCUCUAGCGUGCGGCUACUAGCUUUUCCGUCAAGGAGCGGCCAACGUGGGUUACUGGGCGGUGCCCCUGGCCGUGUCGUCGCCGUCAUCGACCUCAAAGCAAGGCUGGCCAACAUGGCCCCCGGUGAUAGCGGGAAAAGGUCGGCGGCGCCCGACGAGGGACUGGCGCGAGGGCUGUCGUGGUCCCGAUGCAAUCAUUCUGUUGCUGCUUCCACGAGUGGUGACGCUGGUAGCGAUGGUGCUCGUUGUGAUCGAGGCGGGGAUAAGGUUUGCCAUAUCGCGGUGGCGUGCGGGUCCGAGGUUGGCUUGUGGGAAGUUUCUCGCGGCGCGGGAGCUGCGAGCGCAGCAAAAGAAGGCACGAGAAGCGAGGAUGGCUAUCGAUACACGACCGUCCAAGUGCGGACGGACUGGGAACGCUCCGACGACCAGGGGAGCAACGAGACAAGCGCCAUUAACGAAACAUCCCCUUGCGAUCGGCUCUUGGAUGGUGAUGGAGGAAGCCUCGCAAAGGCUUGCAACGAAAACGGAGGAAAGCCCCCCCCUCCCCCCAUCGGGAACGUCCGGUGCCUGUCCUUCCGGCCGUGGGCCGGCGGCAGCACGACAGAUGCAACGAUACCACUAGCGGCGUGGUACGAUGUGGGGGUGGCGGUAUUGGGACCAAGGGGGAGCCGGGUGGUGCUCCCCGCCCCAGUAGUACGGAAACGGACCUGUGGUGCGUGGAGCGGGUGCGGACGGCGCCUGGCUCUGAGUAGCGGUGGCGAGAUUCGUGUCUACAGCGACCCCUCGGAAGGAGGAAGCAGAAGGCCGAUAUCGACGGCGGGGCAGGCACGUGGCGGUGUCGAAUCCGAGACGGUCGAUGAUGCGCCGGGUCUGCAACCAGCGAAGCCGAGAAGUGGUUGGGCGAGUCCCGGUUCCGCAGCCGCCGCCGUGGUCAACGACAACGAAGCAGGAGGAGGAGGAGGAGGAGGAGGCGCGCUACCGUCAGCGACUGUCGCGCGCGAAGGGGGGCUAGUUGCCGAGGGCGAGACAGGACUGACCGGUUGCUCGGGCGGCGCCUCGCGCGACUUCCGCACCAUCCUGUGCGUCGAGGCCGCUAUGGGCGGCGGCGUGUUUUCUUCCCCGGGGUCUUCGCCAGGCAGCACCCGUUCUUCGCCAUCACCGUUGGCAGAUGGCGGCGGUGGUGCCAGGAGUGGCGGCGACGGCACGGGUUUGACACGAAUCGGUGCUCCACCGGGAACCAGGAAGAGCCGGCCGGAGCGUGCCAGCGACGGCACGCACUCUUCGGUUGGUCCUCUGUCGCCGCCGCCGGCUGCGGCUGCCGCCGGGGUCUCAUCAUCGCGGCUCCUCAUUGGAGACAUGAGAGCGAUGUGCCCUGCAGGUUCUCUUACUUUCUUCGGCACCACGGGUGGGGGCUUGGGCUUGGACUCCGCGAUCGCCGCUUCCGCCCCAACCCUGUCGGGCGAGCCUCUUUUUGCUGGCGGCGGUGGUCAGACGACUCACGUUGGGGAGGGUCUCCUCUGCGCCGUGGUUGAUUCCAGCAACAAGGCUUGCGCUGCGUCAAGCUCUAUCGAUACCGUUUCCGCCGAGAAACCCGCCACCCGCCGCGGCGGGUUCCGACACUCCUUGCCGGGCGAGAAUUGGCUUGCCGGAUCCCUUCGCCCGACGUCGAGAACUCUGUUGCCCAACUCCCCGCGGCGACGGGGUCGAGAUUCGGGCUCUCCGGAGUCUCCUCUAGCGCUGCCUGUCGGCAGCUCGCCGGUCGCACCCUUGGAAGAAAGAAGCUCGACGGCUGCGGAGGAAUCGGUGCCCGCCGGGGAAUCGCGCCCAACGUCGUCCGAAUCUUCGCUUCUGCGUUCCACGAUACCUGCAGUGGUAGACCGGCGUUCCACGACACCUGAAGUGGUAGACCGACGUUCCACGACACCUGAAGUGGUAGACCUGCGCGGAAAGCUGGGCAAUGGGGCGGACGGCGGGGGUGCAGCAGGCAUGCCGACGCCCUCGACCCACCCCCUGUUCCGCCUGUCUCUCCCCGGCGGUGAGGAUGCCGCGAGCUCUCCGGCCGUCGGCUCGAGCAGUAUUUCUCUGCGCGACUCUGGUAACCGUCUAGGCAGAAUGGGAACCGCUAGCGGCCGCAACUCCCCCGCCGCCGGGAGAACGACCGAUUCUACCCCCGGUCGGAGGCCGUGCCUCGUUCGCGUGUCGUGCAGGAGCGGUGGAGGCGAUGGCGUCGUCGGCGUUGCAACGCUGACUUCUCUGCCCUCCGAGCUGGCGUCUCCCGACCUCCUCGCAUCUUCCGAGGAUGGACGAAUCGUGGCAGUUGGCAGCCACGCGUGCGACCUGGUCGCCUGCUACCGCCUGGAGUCGCACCCUGCUUCUCCGGCAACUGAAAGCUGUUUGCCGGGUGGCAGCGGGGGUUGCGAGAGCGGGACUCGAAGACGCAAGCGCCGACAUCGUCGGGCGGUGCCGUUGUGCACCUUGAGGCUCCCUACGGGGUACAGAGCAAAGGGACUUAUGUUAAGCAGGGAAAGGCAAGCCCGAGGCGAAAGCGCUGCGACGCCGGGGGUGAAUAGUAGCGCAUCCGGAGAAGGCGCUACAGCAGAGGACGGUGUUAUGGCCGACGAGGUGGUGGUUCUAGUCCUGGCGGGCUGCGCUGUCUCUAGCGUUGAUGCGACGAUCGGCGCUACUACCCCGCGUCCGGACAUGAAUGAAUCAUCGUUCGCUGCAGAGUCCCACUGGCGUGGGAGCAACAGCGGCAGGCCAGAAGAAUCGUCAUACCGCACCACCCUGCUGCGAUUUUCCCUUCCUGCUGCACCCGCUACCACCGGCAAUGGCGAAGAUCUUGGCUCGCUGGUGGGUUCGGCCGCUGCGUUUCCGUCGAAAUCCAGCAAUGACAAGGCCAUUCGCGGUACUUCAGGGUGUGGGCAUGAGAAGGAGACCACCGCCGGAAGCAGCGAAAACCUUUCCGUUGUUCCUUCAGAUGCCAGAUCACCUCUGGUUGGUGACACUUGUGGAGCGGAGCCGAACGGCCUUCGCUCGCGUGGCGGAGACAGUUCCCGACAUCCCCGGUCAGAAGCGGCCGUGCUCGAGGCAAUUGUCGGAGUGGAGCGAAGAAUGAACGAGAGGAUGGCGCGGAUAGAGGGAAUGUUGGCUGGCGUGUGCGAUAGACUGGAGGAGCUCUCGGCUCGCUUGCCACACGCAGCAAGGGAUGUGGUGGAAACGAGGGGAGCCCAUGGAUGA